UCAGUCAGAAAUCAUUAAUGUCAUUGUCAUAAAAUGCAUUGCAUUGUUUCGAAAAGUAAAUAAAUAAAAUUGCGUUUUCUAAAAUAAUAAUAAGUGGUGUGAAUAGUUUCGUUCUAUGAGUAUCAAUAUUAAUACAAGAUGACAACAUUUAUAUUACGUGCUUUCCGUGUGACAUACAGAAAUCAGAACUUCAAAGCAGUCUUUUAUUCGUCACAGCCAGAACGUGCUAGUGAAAGAAAUUUAGGAAAAGUUGUAAACGUAGCUAUUAUUGGGGCGCCAAAUUCUGGAAAAAGCACUCUCAUAAAUAAAGUAACGGAAAGGAAGAUAUGUGCAGCCUCCAACAAAGUACACACGACGACUAAGUUAAUACGAGCUAUGUGCUUUGAGAAUGACACACAGAUUAUAUUUUUAGAUACUCCUGGAGUUGUAACUGAAAGAGAAAAGAAGAAAUAUAAUUUGCCCGACUCUAUGAUGGGAGCAUGUCACAAAAGUUUGAGGUGUGCAGAUGUUGUUGGUGUGGUACAUGAUGUUUCUAAUAGAUAUACCAAAGAUGUCUUACACUCAGAUGUCAUCAACAUGCUGAAUGUUAUGGCUGAUAUACCAAGCUUUUUAAUAAUUAACAAAAUUGAUAAAUUGAAAUCUAAAAAUCAAUUACUGGCAAUAAUAAGAAGUCUUACCAAUGGUAGUAUUGCUGGCAAUCCUAUCCCUGGAACAGAAAAGAGGAAAAGAAACACUGAAAAAAAAUUAGAAAAAGGAUACAGUAAAUUCUCUGAUGUCUUCCUUAUAUCAGCUCUAAAUGGUGAUGGAAUACAGGACAUAAAGAACUAUCUUGUCAGCAAUGCAAAGACAGCUAGUUACCAGUAUGGACUUUCAGAAUGGACAGACCAGAAACCAGAGACACUGAUAACAGAAGCAGUUAGGGCUAAGUUCUUAGACUUUUUGGCACAAGAAAUCCCAUACAAACUAAAUGUUCAACUAGAAUAUUAUGAAGAGAUUGAAGAACAAGAUAAAAUACUCUGUGCUGUAGUAGUGGAGUGUCCCAAUGAAAGAUUGCUAAGGUUAAUAGCUGGGGCUGGUGGUGGUAGGCUCCAACAAAUCAAAUCAUAUGUUAGAACUGACCUAAUAGAUUUAUUUAAGAAAACUGUAGUUAUAGACCUACAAUUAAAAGUAAAAAAUAAAACUGAAUCUGUUGCAUGAGUAUUGUUUCUAAAUGAAUUGUACUUGUACAUUUAUUGUUAUGGUGUGUCCAAAUCUGAUGAAUAUUAAGGGGAACAUGUGAAUAUUACAAUUCUCGUGAGCAGCACAUUUGUGAGAUUUGGAUGCACCUUUAGCUAGAAUUUUUAUUUUAUUACUAAGUGGUAAUCAAAUAUACAUUUGUUCAAUAAAA